ACAAAUGUUAUCAAGGAGUGACUUUAUUGCUUUUAAAUUGAAAUAAUUAAAAUGGAAUUAAAUGUUUACCUUUUAUAUUUGUGUAUUUGUGUUUCCGUAAUAAAUGGACAGCAAUCAGAAAGACCUGCCCACUGUGACGGCAUCCAAUGUUAUCCCCCAGAUUGUCCAGACGCCUAUCUUCAAGAAGGGGAGUGUUGCCCCGGCUGUCCUGGUCCAGGAAGAUCAUGUACGUAUCAAGGUAGAACGUUAAGAGAUGGUGAGAAAUUCAAACAGGAAUGCAACACGUGUAUAUGUAACAAUGGCAAUGUAGCUUGUACAGAAAUGGCAUGUACUGGAAGUAAACCUGGACGGUGUCCUCGCCCGGAUGGUAUGGGGAUAUGUGUGGAGAGAUGUACAAACGAUGACAGCUGUCCACGCAGGCAGAAAUGCUGCAGUAAUGGAUGCGGACAUACAUGUCAAAGACCCAUACGAGGUAAACGAUGCAGAUACCUUGGUGGGACCUAUAGGGACGGUGAAAGUUUUAGAGAUGACUGCAAUACAUGUGUUUGUAAUGACGGUAACGUUGCGUGUACAAGAAUGGCAUGUCUAAAGACAUGUGUUCACAAUGGAGUUACGUAUCGUGACGGUGAAAGUUACAUGAAUGAAUGUAACACUUGUAUGUGUAGUAACGGGCAGUCUAUAUGUACAUUAAUGGCAUGUCCCGGAAGACCAGGUUCUUGCUCAAAGAUUGGUAGUGCAGUAGGCAGUAUUUGUAUAGAUGAAUGUACAUCUGACUAUAAUUGUCCGGUUGGUGAAAAAUGUUGCAAUAGUGGAUGUGGCCGGAUCUGCACCAAACCUAUCGGCGGAGGUGAUGGAAAAACAUGUCAACACAAUGGAGUAACAUAUAAAGAUGGCGAAACCUUCAAAGAUGACUGCAAUAGUUGUGUUUGCAACAAUGGAAAUGCAGCAUGUACUUUAAUGGCGUGCCCUGGACGACCAGGCACCUGUCCGCAGAUUAGUGAUAGUGUUGGCAUGAUUUGUAUAGUAGAAUGUACCUCUGACUACACGUGUGCUGCUGGUCAAAAAUGUUGUAGCAAUGGUUGUGGCCGGGCCUGCACGACACCAAUUAGCGGGGGUAUGUCAUGUAUACAUAAUGGCGUAACAUAUAAUGAUGGCGAAAGCUUUAACAUAAGCUGUAACACUUGCACCUGUAUAAAUGGAAUUAAAUCAUGUACAUUGAAAGCGUGUCCUGACAAACCGGGAACAUGCCCGCAGGUAAUAGGGGGUAUUGUUGAUAUUUGUGUUGACGACUGUACCUCAGACUAUGAUUGUCUUGGAGAUGAAAAGUGUUGUAGCAUUGGUAACUGCAAAUCUUGUAAAGUACCGAUAGGUGGAGGUGGCGGUGGAAGACCAUGUGAUCAUAAGGGAAAAACAUAUCAAGAUGGUGAAAGUUUCAAAGAUGAAUGCAACACGUGUAAUUGUAACGAUGGUAUUGCUGCCUGUACCCUUAUGGCUUGUCCUGACAGACCAGGUACUUGCCCGACGCCCGUCGGUGGUAAUACUACUGGUAUUUGUCUAGACGAAUGUUUUGCUGAUAAUGAUUGCCGUUAUGGUGAAAAAUGUUGCAGCAAUGGAUGUGGUCGAGUUUGUAUGACAGCAAUAGGCGGAGGAGGAAAACCAUGUGUUCAUAAAGGGAAAACGUAUCAAGAUGGUGAAAGUUUCAAAGAUGAUUGCAACACGUGUAACUGUUACGAUGGUAAUGCUGGCUGUACCCUUAUGGCUUGUCCUGACAGACCAGGUACUUGCCCGACGCCCGUUGGAGGUAAUGUUGGCGGUGUAUGUAUAGACGAGUGUAAUGCUGACAGUGAAUGUCCAUACGGUGAAAAAUGUUGCAGCAAUGGCUGUGGUCGUGUUUGUAUGAAAGCGAUAGGUGGAGGAGGAAGACCAUGUACUCACAAAGGAAAAACGUAUCAAGAUGGUGAAAGUUUCAAAGAUGAUUGCAACACGUGUAACUGUAACGACGGUAAUGCUGGCUGUACAAGAAUGGCAUGUCCUGACAGACCAGGUACUUGCCCGACGCCCGUUGGAGGUAAUGCUGUAGGAAUUUGUAUAGACGAGUGUAAUGCUGACAGUGAAUGUCCGUACGGUGAAAAAUGUUGCAGCAAUGGAUGUGGUCGUGUUUGUAUGAAAGCGAUAGGUGGAGGAGGAAGACCAUGUAUUCACAAGGGAAAAACGUAUCAAGAUGGUGAAAGUUUCAAAGAUGAUUGCAACACGUGUAACUGUAACGACGGUAAUGCUGGCUGUACAAGAAUGGCAUGUCCUGACAGACCAGGUACUUGCCCGACGCCCGUUGGAGGUAAUGCUGUAGGAAUUUGUUUAGACGAGUGUAAUGCUGACAGUGAAUGUCCGUACGGUGAAAAAUGUUGCAGCAAUGGCUGUGGACGAGUUUGUAUGAAAGCGAUAGGUGGAGGAGGAAGACCAUGUGUUCACAAGGGAAAAACGUAUCAAGAUGGUGAAAGUUUCAAAGAUGAUUGCAACACGUGUAACUGUAACGACGGUAAUGCUGGCUGUACAAGAAUGGCAUGUCCUGACAGACCAGGUACUUGCCCGACGCCCGUUGGAGGUAAUGCUGUAGGAAUUUGUAUAGACGAGUGUAAUGCUGACAGUGAAUGUCCGUACGGUGAAAAAUGUUGCAGCAAUGGCUGUGGUCGUGUUUGUAUGAAAGCGAUAGGUGGAGGAGGAAGACCAUGUGUUCACAAGGGAAAAACGUAUCAAGAUGGUGAAAGUUUCAAAGAUGAUUGCAACACGUGUAACUGUAACGACGGUAUUGCUGGCUGUACUCUUAUGGCUUGUCCUGACAGACCAGGGACUUGCCCGACGCCCGUCGGAGGUAAUAAUACUGGUAUUUGUCUAGACGAAUGUUUCGCUGAUAGGGAUUGCCGUUAUGGUGAAAAAUGUUGCAGCAAUGGAUGUGGUCGAGUUUGUAUGACAGCAAUAGGCGGAGGAGGAAGACCAUGUAUUCACAAGGGAAAAACGUAUCAAGAUGGUGAAAGUUUCAAAGAUGAUUGCAACACGUGUAACUGUAACGACGGUAUUGCUGGCUGUACACGAAUGGCAUGUCCCGACAGACCCGGUACUUGUCCUGUGCCCGUCGAAAGUAACUCUAUUGGUGUUUGUCUAGACCAAUGUUAUGCUGACAGUGAAUGUCCAUACGUUCAAAAAUGUUGCAACACUGGCUGUGGUCGUGUUUGCAUGAAUGCGAUAGGCGGAGGAGGAAGACCAUGUAUUCACAAGGGAAAAACGUAUCAAGAUGGUGAAAGUUUCAAAGAUGAUUGCAACACGUGUAACUGUAACGACGGUAUUGCUGGCUGUACACGAAUGGCAUGUCCCGACAGACCCGGUACUUGUCCUGUGCCCGUCGAAAGUAACUCUAUUGGUGUUUGUCUAGACCAAUGUUAUGCUGACAGUGAAUGUCCAUACGUUCAAAAAUGUUGCAACACUGGCUGUGGUCGUGUUUGCAUGAAUGCGAUAGGCGGAGGAGGAAGACCAUGUAUUCACAAGGGAAAAACGUAUCAAGAUGGUGAAAGUUUCAAAGAUGAUUGCAACACGUGUAACUGUAACGACGGUAUUGCUGGCUGUACACGAAUGGCAUGUCCCGACAGACCCGGUACUUGUCCUGUGCCCGUCGAAAGUAACUCUAUUGGUGUUUGUCUAGACCAAUGUUAUGCUGACAGUGAAUGUCAAUACGGUCAAAAAUGUUGCAACACUGGCUGUGGUCGUGUUUGCAUGAAUGCGAUAGGCGGAGGAGGAAGACCAUGUAUUCACAAGGGAAAAACGUAUCAAGAUGGCGAAAGUUUCAAAGAUGAUUGCAACACGUGUAACUGUAACGACGGUUUUGCUGGCUGUACAAGAAUGGCAUGUCCUGACAGACCUGGUACUUGUCCUCAACCAAGGGAAACAAUUGGUCUUGGUGCUUGUUUAAAUGAGUGUAAUGCUGACAGUGAAUGUCCAUACGGUCAAAAAUGUUGCAGUAAUGGAUGUGGUCGUGUUUGCAUGAACGCAUUAGGCGGAGGUGGACAGUCAUGCGUUCACAAUGGAAUUACCUACCAAGAUGGCGAAACUUUCAAAGAUGACUGUAACACGUGCAGAUGUAAUAACGGUUUUGCCGCUUGUACAAGAAUGGCAUGUCCAAAGAAGCCAUGUGUUUACUAUGGUAUCACCUACAGAGACGGGGAAACAUUCAAAGACCAGUGUAAUGAUUGUGUCUGUAACGAUGGUAAUGCGGCAUGUACAAUGAAGGCUUGUCCCGAGGUGAAGCCAGGACAAUGUCCGCCUGAAAUAUCGAGUGGAUCAUGUGUAAACAGAUGUACGACAGACUUAAGUUGUCCGGGUAGAGAGAAAUGUUGCUCUAAUGGUUGCGGGACUUUGUGUUUACCGCCAACUAUGGGAGGUCGACCAUGUUAUCACAAUGGACAAACCAUAAAUGAUGGAGAUACGUUCAAAGAUGAUUGUAAUACGUGUAGAUGUAGUGAUGGGAAAGCCGCUUGCACAAUGAUGGCUUGUCCUAAGAAACCGUGUAUGUACAACGGUAGACUGUACCAAGAUGGUGAAACAUUUAAACAAGAUUGCAACACGUGUACUUGCAACAACGGACAAGCCGCAUGUACGAAAAUGGCGUGUUAUGAUGAGAAGGUUGGUCAUUGUCCCAAGCCUAAUGGAACAGGUAUCUGCAUUGUGAGAUGUACAACAGAUUUAAGUUGUCCAAGAGAGCAGAAAUGUUGUAGUAAUGGUUGUGGAACAGUUUGUAUGGACCCGGUUUAUGGCGGAGGUUCAUGUCUACAUAAUGGUGUUGUAUAUAAAGAUGGUGAAACUUUUAAAGAUGAUUGUAACUCAUGCACAUGUGAUGGAGGGAACGCUGUAUGUACAAAAAUGACAUGUUCAAAGGAUAAGCCUGGAGUCUGCCCUGCACUUAAUAAUAACACUGCAGGUAUCUGUGUAAAUGAAUGUAAUAAUGAUGAAAGGUGCCCUGGUAUACAAAAAUGUUGCAGUAACGGAUGUGGUCAAGUCUGCAUGAGACCAGAUGUAGGAGGACAACCUUGUCAUGUAAAUGGUUAUACGUUUCAACAUGGAGAAAGUUUUAAAGAUGGCUGUAAUACAUGCAUGUGUAGAAAUGGUAAACCUGCGUGCACAAAGAAGGCUUGUCCUCCUAUUUUACCGUGUUACCAUAACGGUAAGAUGUAUUUAAAUGGAGAUAAUUUCACUGAUGAAUGCAAUCGCUGCAUUUGUAGAGACGGGAAUGUGGCGUGUACCUUUAAACAAUGUGGUAAGACAUGCACACAUCAAGGCAAGACCUACCAGGAUGGUGAAGGGUUCAAGGACGAUUGUAACACGUGUCAAUGUAACGACGGCAGAGUCACGUGUACAUUACUUGAUUGUUCUGGAGCUAAGCCUGGUACAUGUCCUAGGCCGCAACUUUUCCGUCCAUGUAACGAUCGAUGUGUGAAUGAUAAGGGUUGCCAGGGAACCAAAAAGUGCUGUAACAACUGGUGUGGUUACACCUGCAUGGAACCAGUCAAUCGAGACAACUGUCAAGGUAUAAUUUGUCAAGAUAUGGAGUGCAACCUGCCAAAUACGUUAUAUACUAUUCCUGGAACAUGUUGCCCGAUAUGUCGACCACCACUCGGUGAUAAGCCUGGCAGUUGUCCUCGUAACCCGAGAGCAUGGCUUUGUCUAGACCUUUGCUCAGCAGAUUUUCAUUGUCCAGGUCAACAAAAGUGCUGCAGUCAUAGAUGCGGAAAAUCAUGUGAACGACCAAGAUUUGAUCGGUGUGAAGGUAUACAGUGUCCCCCGCUAAGAUGUAUGAUUCAGUUCAGACCUCCUGGACGGUGCUGCCCUGUUUGCCGUCGACGACGGGAAAGAGAACAAAAUUAGAAACAUUACAAAAGCAUGGACGAAAAGACUUUGAACAAUCUCUACAAUGAUAUCUAAUGUACAGCUAUACCAUAUACAGUUGAAAAAAAUAUUUGGUACAGUCACACGGCAAUUUAUAACCGGCCGUGUAUAUCUUAAAGAAAUUUAUAUUGCAGAAAAUAUGUCUUAAAAUUAUUUAUUGAACAUCGUUUUGUAUUUCUAUAAGAUUGUGUAAAGUUAUCAUGGGGGAAAAUGAAUGUUUCCUGUGUAAGCUGCAUCGUAACAAAUAAUAAAUACGUCUACCGGUGAAUGUCAAACACUAUUAUCUUUAUUUUAUUUAAUUGUCAAAUUAGCUUAAAUUUUAGAUAAUAAAUAUUUUAUGGUCUCGUAUAUAAUUAGCAAAGGCGUCAUUUAAGAUAAUUCUGAUGUUUAUGAUUAACAUGGCAAGUAAUUUCCUUACAACAGCAUUUGUACUUGACAAAAUAAUAGUUGAAAAAAUAAGAAAUUCAAUUUCUGCUCUUUAACGUCCAUCUCAUCAGGAAAUUAUAACAAAUGUAUGACAUCGGCCAAUAACAUGCAAAAUAUGUUUGCAUAUUAACGAAUAAAACGAUUAAAAUAAAUCCAGAUAUCCUUUGCCAGUGCUCAUGUAAAUACAAUACUGUAUGCCAUGUCCGAAAUAUCUUUAAUUGGAUAUAGCUUACAACAUUUAUUUUUGUGUUGAGUAGACAAAAAUGAUAAAGUACAGCAAAACAAUUAUCGCUUCAAUUUACUUACAAACUAGUGAAAAUAAAGUAUGUUUUAGUUAAUCAGAUACAAAAAUUACAGCAAGAAUCUAUUUGUAACACUGUUAAACCAUUCAAAUCGAGUGUUUCCGCAUUGGGGUCAAUAUAAGGUUAUGUCAGUCAUUUAUAAUCAAUUUAUGUUAUGUCAAUCAUUUAUAUAAUUUGUGUGAAGAAUUCAAUCAAUGUUUUCGUAUUUGGGUGAACUUUAUGUAUGAUUGAAUAACAAUUGUAGCCAGAGUUAUGUAAAUUUAUGUAUUGUAUGACCUAGAGGGAAUUAAUCAAGAUUAACAUAUCCGUGCUUCAUGUUAUUUUAUGUUUGAUUGACACCUGUCAUAAAAUUAUUCUUCAUUAUUAAUAAAACUUCUAAAUGUCAUACAUUUUUAAUUAAGGAAUUAUAAACUUGCCAAAUACAAUGAAUUACAACAUAAUGAUAUACAUCUUUCAUUAAAUAACAAAUAAGUUUGUUACCUCUAAAGGAAUGAUGUCUAUUCCCAGAGGGUUAAGUUAAGAUUUUUGUGUAUUUGUUUGACUUAUUAUGCAAUUAAUAUGCAUAAGUGUUAAUUUUCAGCUUUUUUGCAGAUAACAAAAAAGAACAUUGUUCACUUUAUAGGCGUGAAAGUGUUUGAAUAUUAAUAGAUAUGUCUUUGUUACCUUUAUGAUAAAAUAUGACAUUUUACAACGAUUUGCAUGGCUAUUGUAACUAUGACAAAUGGGAUUAAACAGUUUAUAUAUUCUAAA